AUGUCUGCAAUCUAUAAUUACAUCUUAUCAUUAGCAAAUGCUAAUGUUAAUCUCUACAAAAUUGGUGGACCAAUUUUAAUUAGUGUAGGUACUGUAAGUUGUAUAAUUAACCUGACAGUUUUUAGUAAAAAAACGUUACGUAAAAAUCCAUGUUCAAUCUACUUAAUAGCAUGUAAUGUUACUAAUUUUGUAUUAAUCUAUACAUCAAUAUUAAUCGCGACAUUGGGAACUGGUUAUAGUAUCGAUCCUAGUGCACACAAUUGGAUCGUAUGUCGUUUGCGUUACUAUAUAACGUUAGUGUGCGAUGUAUUAAAUCCAUCGUAUUUAAUACUUGCUGCUUUUGAUCGAAUAUUAGUUACUUCACGAAAUGCUUUAACAAGACAACACAGUACAUCUCGUCUUGCAUAUAUAUGCAUCUGUAUUACAACAUUAUUUUGGUUGAUAUUUCAUAGUCAUGCAUUAAUUUUCACGACUAUCAUAGAAACUGCACCGGGUGUUGCUAUUUGUUAUUUUCAACCAGGGCUCUAUUUAUCAUUGAUUAGCUAUUAUUCACUUAUCAUCAAAGCACUUCUUAUUCCUAUAUUAAUGGUAAUUUUAGGUUUGUGGACUGUGAAAAAUGUACGAAGUAUGAAUCAUGUUACUGCUGUUGUUAAUGCAUCGACAAGUGUUGGAGUAACAAUUCCUGGCGGUGUACGUACCGCUCAUUCAAAAGAUCGACAAUUGAUUAAGAUUCUGCUUGUUGAUACUUCAAUUUAUAUUUUUUUCAAUACAAUGAUAUCAAUUAUUCUUAUAUAUCAACAAAUUAUGCAAAAUCAAUCUCAGAGCUAUGUUCAGCUUUAUAUACAAGGUUUUCUUACGAGUGUGAGCGUCUUUAGUGCUUUCAUUCCAUUUUGUAUUGAUUGUUAUACUAAUUUAUGGGUAUCAAAAACAUUUCGACAAGAAGUGAAAAAUACUCUCACGUGCAAAUAA